AUUCGUAAUUGAUAAUAAACCCGAACUGUAGUUUAGUUUCAACUUUUUCAUAUCGUAGAUAGGGUUCUAGUACGAGUGUAAAUUUGUGAUAAAAACAAUGGGAAUCGGGUGGAAAAUUUUAGUGAUUCCGGCAGUUUUAAUUGCUUUCGGCGGCUACAAAAUUAAUAAUUUAUUGACACCGCCGCUGCCACCAAAAUUACAAGAGCCGUGGUGGGGGAGCGGCGAUCCUUCGAAGCAAGACAAGUCAAUUCGCCCUUUCACAGUUAACGUUUCUGAACAGGAUCUCCGUGACUUGCAAUACCGCCUGGACCAUGCCCGUCCGUUCACCCCUCCUCUCGAAGGGGUCCAGCAGCAGUACGGCAUGAACACCAACUUGCUUAAAGAAAUCGUAACAUUUUGGCGCACGAAGUACAACUGGCGCGAGCGCGAGAAACUCUUCAACAAAUACCCGCAAUUUCUCACUAAUAUACAAGGCCUCGACAUCCACUACAUCCACGUUAAGCCCAAAGCCACCACCCUCAAAGUCUUGCCCCUUUUGCUGCUCCAUGGCUGGCCCGGAUCCGUGCGCGAGUUCUACGAAACCAUCCCCAUUCUAACAACGCCCCAAAAAGGCAAAACCUUUGUUUUUGAAGUCAUUGUGGCGUCGCUCCCCGGCUACGGCUUCUCCCAAGCUGCAGUUCGGCCCGGCUUGGGGGCGGCACAGAUGGCUGGGGUGUUCAAGAAUUUGAUGAAACGGUUAGGGUUUGAAAAAUAUUACAUCCAAGGAGGGGAUUUUGGGCAUAUUGUCUUGCACCACUUGGCGGUGUUGUACCCUGAGGUGGUUGCCGGCUUUCACUCGAAUAUGUGUGUGGUUUUUACGCCUUUGGCGGUUUUGAAAUUACUGGUGGGUUCGUUUUUCCCGUCUUUGGUCACAAGGCCCGAACAUGUGGAUCGUAUUUAUUCAGUCCCGGAUUUUGCAAGUCAGAGGGCACUUGAGACUGGAUAUUUGCAUAUUCAAGCCACGAAACCCGACACUCUUGGUGUGGCUUUGAGGGAUUCACCCGUGGGGCUGGCAGCCUAUAUUUUGGAAAAAUUUACCACUGGGACUAACGCAACUCAUCAAAAACGUGAAGAUGGGGGUUUGAAAGAAUAUUAUGAUUAUGCGGAUCUUUUGGAUAAUGUGAUGGUUUAUUGGGUUACGGGAUCAAUGCCUACUGCUAUGCGGCUAUAUGCCGAGACAUUUAAUAAAAAACACAUGGGUUUGGGAAUUAGCAGAAUGCCAGUGCAAGUCCCAAGUGCCUGUGCUAGGUUUAAAAAUGAUUUUUAUGGAGCUGAUGGAAUUCUGAAAGAACUCUACCCUAAAUUACUCCACCUGUCUGAUUACCAUGGCGGACAUUUUGCGGCAUUUCAGUUGCCUGAAACUUUCAGUAAAGAUGUGUUUAUGGCAGUUGAAAAAUUUGAAAAUUAUCAUGCCAAACAAACUUGAUUUUUCACUUUUUUGUAUUUGAAUUAUUAAAAUUAUGUUUUUAAUAAAGUUAUGUUGAGUUUU